AUGGAUUAAAAAGCUUCAAAUAUUUAAAAAGUUAUAGGUCCUUAUGUUAUAGAAAUGAAUAAUUAAAUAGGCUCUGGCCAGCAUGGGUCUGUUUACAUGGCUCAUAGAAAAGAUUUUGGAGUAAAAAAAUUAGCUUGCAAGAUAUAGCAAUCAAAUAGGAACUAAAUAAAAGAAGAAAUAUCUAUAAUUAAAGAAGUGAAUGGCAUUUAUAUUGCAGAAGUUUUAGAUGUGUAUAAAACUUCUUCAUAUAUCUAUAUAUUUAUGAGGCAUUAUUAAAAAGGAGAUUUAGAUCAUUAUUUGUAGGAGAAUAGAUUAAAAUUAUCUGAGAAGGAUAUUCUGACUAUAUUUUAUAAGAUUAUUUAUGGCUAUUUCCAAAAUAUCUAUAAUCGUUAAAUUAUUCAUAGAGAUAUAAAAGCAAGUAAUAUUCUUAUGGAUGAAUUAGAUCCCUACAUAACAGACUUUGGGUUGAGCAUCAAAUUUUAGGACUUAUAAAAAGAGGUAAAUCCAUAUUUCAAAGGUACACUUUUCUAUUCAUCACCAUAAAUAUAAGGGUUAGAAGGAAGUAUUUAUAGUUAUAAAACUGAUAUUUAUAGUCUUGGUAUUUUACUUUACUAUAUGCUAUAUAGUCAAUAUCCUGAAAACUCAAAAUAAUUGAGGGAUUAUGAAAAAUUCAUGUAAAAACUGAAGAAUGAAGGAAAUUUACAUGCAAUAAAAUUCCCCAAAACAAAAGAAAAUUCUACUAUUAGCUUAGAAACUAAAAAUUUAAUUUUAUAAAUGAUAACAUAUAAGGAAGAAGAUAGGAUAGAAAUAACAGAGCUGCUUAACCAUAAAGUAUUUCUUGAUAUAAAAGAAAACUUAAACUAAUUUAGUCAUAUUACAUUACAACAAUAAUCAAAUUUAAAGCAGCUAAAUACAACAAUUAAUAGCAGCAUUUAAGGAAGCAAAUUUGGUAAAUCAAGCAUGUAGUUUGAGAAAACUGUACUCUACUAUUUAUUUAUUAAAGAAUUAACAUAGGAAAUAUUAAACCACUUAAUUUAUGUAGGGCACUUGCAUGAGUUAAUAACAUAGGUACUAGGCAUUUAAGAGUACGAUUUAGAUAUUUUUACACUUUUAACUGUAUAAUUUUUGGAUGCUUCCAUUUUUUGUGGGUAAAGGCUCCUUGAAAAUAGUAAUAAAUAAUUGGCAAAUGUUCCUUUUCAUUAGGACUUUUACUAAAGUAAAUAAAAAAUUGAAUUAGAAAAGUAGCUGGAGGAAAACUAUAAAUCCUCUUCAACUCUUUUAAAUGAUCUUAAAUAGGAAUUUACUAAAUACCUUCCGAGCCAAUAAGAACCAGAUAAAAUUAAUAAAUCAUUUUAAAAAAUUAAUUAAUAACAAAUGAACAAUUAAAAUAUAUAUUUAGAGUAACUUCUGAAUUAUUCAAAAAAUAACACAGGAUUCCUGUUUGAUGAAUUAAAAAAAGUUUUUGUAGAAAAGAUAAUUACUAGCUCUCUAAUAAAAUUAAUUGAAGAAAAUGAUUUUUCUAAUUAAGAAGAUCUUUGGAUUUUUUUAAAUUUUUUCGUAUGUCUCUUUGAUGGUACAAUCAAUAUUUCUAAAUAUGAAAGGAUUUCAAUAGGUAAAUAUUUUAAAGAGAAAAACUGCUCUGUUAAUGAAUAAUUUAGGGAAAAUGUGAUAUAAAAUCUUUCUAUUAUUAAAUGCUUAAGUCAAAAAUCAAAUAUUAAUAUUCCUUAUUCUAGUUGA